AUGGAACACUCACUCAGGCCAAAACUUUACAGCCUCAGCCCUAUGGAGCAGGAAGAGCUCAAGAAAUUCAUCAACGAAAGUCUCAAGAAGGGAUUCAUUCAGGAAUCCAAAUUGCAUAUGGCAUCGCCAUUCUUCUUUAUCAAGAAGAAAAAUAGAAAGCUACGGCCGGUAAUGGACUACCGGAAGCUUAACGAAAUAAUGAUCAAGAACAAGUAUCCUCUGCCAAUUAUUCAAGAACUACUGGAUCUCUUGACUGAGGCAGAAUACUUCUCGUUGGUAGACAUCGACAUGGGAUACAAUAACGUGCUCAUUGAUGAAAAGGAUGUCCACAAGGCCACGUUUCAUCUGGCUCCUUCCAAGCCCACGCAUCGCGAACUCUGUCAGAUCAAUCGAAUCAUACCUAGUCUGAUGAAGCACUGGAUUCGUCUCAAAGCCCUUAUCAUUCUCCCGUCUCUAUUGCUUAUCAAGGACUCGCUGCUUAUCGAGUCGUUCGCUGGGAUCCACCCGAAGUGA